UGCACUACUUCGUUCCCGGAUGAUCUCAGGUGACGCGUCCCUCUGGCGCCCCCUGCUGCGCGCGGCCGUAACAGCGCCGCAGCCGUGCGGCUCAUUUUGUUCAACGGCUGACGACGCAAAACGGAUCUGUGCACCGCCGCUGCUGCUGCGCACAGACGCGCCAGCGGCUGUAGGUGCGUUUGUCACCUGAGAUGGUGAGCUGAGUUCAGCGCAGGGCACAGCUCACUGUUGUGUCUGCUCCCCUCCGUUUGCACGCCUUUAAAAAGUGGGUGGUCCCUCUCCUUGCAAAUGUUCCAUGACGUGCACAUGGGGGGUUCGCAAGGGGUUCUCACCACGUCCGUGCACCCCCCCCCCACCUGCAGCAGGCUUCCCCCGGCGCACGGCGGCGGCGGAUCCCCUGCUCGACAAGACAACAGGGGGAAGAAAAGGGGAGGAAAGAAAUCCGGCAGAAAGAUGCGAGGAUGCGAAUCACGUGUGUGUGGAUGUGGAGAGGACUGGACAUCGAGUCGAGCUGCCGGUCUUCAGUCAAAAUGACCCCUCCCUGCAAUCAAUUCAAACGCGUGUUGAUAUCGCCGCAGUUACAUAACAGAUAUUGUCCUUGAAAAUCGAUUCCCAAAGAAAGUGACACUGGAUUCAUGGAGUCACUUGAAACUACUGCGGGGGUGGAAAGCCCUACAGAGGGUCAGGACGGAAAUGUUGCACAGAAAUGGGAGGCCGCACAGACCAGGAGGAGUCUGUCAUCGGUGGAACUGGAAGGCAAGGGGUGGCACCAACAACUGCAGGACGCUCAGAGCAGAGACACAUGUGGUUUCGAAGAAAUGUCUGACUCAGGGAAAUCACUACAAUUAGAAGAUCUGCCCUCCCAAGCCCUGUCCACAAGCCACCCAGACUAUGAGGUGACCUCAUAUCGAGUACAGUCCACGAAACAAUUUCCGAGUGGCAGACAGCAAUCGGUAGAUCUCUCGGUUUCGGCACAGUCCGCAGCACCUGCAUCUCACAGGAAGUCGCCCGAAGUCCAGCAACAGUGUUCCCAUUCGGGGAUGGAUCAGCUGUCCGACAAGGUGGAACCUGUGUGCAAGGUGGAGCAGAAACCACAAAAGCCUGGGAAGUAUGUUUGUGAUUACUGCGGCAGGGCAUGUGCCAAACCCAGCGUGCUCAAAAAACACAUUCGCUCACACACUGGGGAGCGGCCCUAUCCCUGUGUCCCCUGCGGAUUCUCCUUCAAAACCAAGAGUAAUUUAUACAAACACAGAAAGUCCCACGCUCACUCGGUCAAAGCUGGAACGCUGCCAUUCUCAGAACUCGUCUCUUACAACGCCAGCGCAGACCAGGGGUCUUUUGAAGGGGAAGGAGAGUUAUUCUCUGAUGCUGAGCAAAGCACGGACACGGACGAGGACACUCUUAAUGACCCACUGCUGCUGCUGGACUCUCCAGCGGAGGGAUCGGAUAACACUGCUGUAAAAGUCCUGAAUCUCAUUGCUCAGAAAAAGGGAGCCACUUCGAUGUCAGCUCAAGACGGUUCAUCCCAGCCCCAAGAAAUCAAUGCACCUUGUGCUGCCGCUGCUGAGGCCAGCCAUGCAAUCCAGUCUUGCACAAUCAAACAGAGGCUCGCACUUCGCCUGUCGGAGAAAAGAAGCAGCGACUCCGACCACAAUCUGUCCCUUCCGAGUCAGUCGAGCAAGGGCAGCACGGACUCCGGCUACUUCUCGCGCUCCGAAAGUGCCGAGCACCAGGCCAGUCCUCCGAACACCAACGCUAAGUCCUAUCAAGAAAUCAUGUUCGGAAAGUGUUACAGGCCAAGCCCCAAACAGACGACAGCACGUGGGGCCUGCAGCACGGACUCAACUGAACACACCAGGAAGCACUGCGAAAAGGGUGUUUCCCGUGUUUUCACCCAGGAGAAGGACCCCGUUGAGUCGAUCAGAAUAAACACAAAGUCGUUCAUGAGGGAGGAGGUGAAAGAGCCCCAGGCAGACACUGAUGUGGGGCCUCUGAUCAGAAGCAACUCAAUGCCAGCGUCCUCGGCAGUGUGUCUGACGAUGCCUCAGUCCCUCAGAGGCAGCCAUUCGUUUGACGAGAGAGCGAGCACUGGGGGCAUGAGGCGACUCAGGCGGCAAGCAGCUUUCGAACACACCGCGCACGACGGGCACGCGGACACGGACGGCCAUGGGAAGAUGAGCGAGUGUGGCAUUUCACCCCCGGGAAUGGAAAUGGAAAAUUACCCCUCGAUGGCGUCUAAUAUGAGCCAUCAGAGACAUGCGAUGGAGCUGGCGACGCGGAAGCGUCGGAAAGAGAAGCGGGAGGAGGAGGAUUUGCCUGGUCAGUACGAGGUCCAUCACGAACAGUGUGAGGAAAUGUCUGAUUCAAGCAAGGACUAUGAUUCAAAACAAGCCGCGAUGGGUAUUAUGGCUCUAGGGAAGGGACAUUCUUCAAGUACGAUAGCGCAGAUUGACAGGUGUGACAUGGACAUAUCAGUGAGCCCCGAAAUUUGUGGUCGAAAAACCUUGGGCAAUGUAAUUUCAGUUAUUCAGCACACAAACUCCAUACACAGGCCACACUCUGAACAGCCAGAAUCCUACAAGUAUCACGGGCAGAGGCAGGAAAGUGUUCCUUCAUUUCACGCUAUGGAGGCGAGUGAACCGUACGAGAUGGAAAGGAGGGACGGCAGACCACAGCAAUCGUUUCAAAUGGGCCCCAAACUUGUGCGCCAGCCCAACAUACAAGUCCCGGAGAUCAGGGUCACUGUGGAGCCGGACAGUCCCGAAAAGGCUCCAGAGGUGCAGGUGAAGGAGCCGGAGAAGCACGUGGAGGAGUUUCAGUGGCCUCAGAGGAGUGAAACUUUAGCACAAUUCCCCCCAGAAAAACUCCCUCCAAAGAAGAAGCGGCUACGCCUCGCCGACAUCGAGCACUCCUCCGGAGAAUCGAGCUUCGAGUCUGCCUGCACCAGUCUCUCCCGCAGUCCGAGCCAAGACAGCAACUUAUCUUACUGCUCCACCUUCUCCUUUGACAGGGAGGAGAGCUUGAAGUCAAUCUCUCCGGCCAGGCAGGAUGAAUUUGGCAAACCCCUCGAGCUCUUAGCGGUGCCAGGGACUGGGCACUCCCUCUCCGUGCUCACCCAGCGUCAACAACAUGAAAUGAGACGCUCCUCCUCGGAGCAGGCGCCGUGCAACUUGCGCAAGGAGUUCCCAGAGGUGCGCAGCAUAUCGUUUGACUAUGGCAGUCUUUCUCCGACGUCCAAAGUUAGACACGUGGACACGGGCGCUGGCCACUCCGCUGUGAAGGAGAGAAGGAGGGGCAACCUGGUGCGACAGGAGUCACUGAACAUGGACACUGAGGUUACACAAGUCCCCUCACAAGUGUUUCCGCAGUACCUCAGCAGCACCCCCCCUCCAUUCACAGCACUCGCUGUUCUGCCGCAGACUCUGCCAAUAUUUUCCACUGGGAACACAUUUCCCCAGCUGUCACAUCCGAGCCUGUUGGUUCCUGUAAGAAUACAAACUCACGUGCCAUCCUACGGCAGCAUCACAUACACCUCAGUAUCGCAGAUUUUUGACAAUCAGUACGACAGUGUUAGCUCCACGGCAGCCAUCUCUCAAACCUUGCGUUUGUCUGGUAACCUUGAUCCUCAUAACGUAUUGGCUAACACCAGACUACCCUCAACGCACACGCUCAGUGUCGAAGCCCUUGAUUUGUCAUCGGCCAAGCUCAAGACAGGCAUCCCCCUCUCCCUGACCUCUAGGACUAUCUCCACCACUAACGCCUCCAGCGGCGUGGCAAACAAACGGAUGCUGUCCCCGGCCAGCAGCCUGGACCUUUUCAUGGAGGUCAAGCAGCAGAAGCGCGUGAAAGAGGAGAGAAUGUUUGGGCAGAUUGUGGAGGAGCUGAGCGCCGUGGAGUUGGGAAAAUGUCAUUUGAGCGAAGAGAUGGGCCACAGGUUAGAGGUACAGGGCGCGUCCACGCCGGACCUGAGCCGGAGCAAAUUUAUCACGCUUCAGCGCAAAGUGACAGAGGCCAGUGACCACGGUGUCGAGUCAGCGAUGGAGAGCAGCUCCCUGGAAACCGGCUCUCCUCCCUACUCUGUGAUAUCAAUUAGAGAAGCCAAAGACGUGGGCAUGGAGAAACGAGCGCAGAUGGAUGUGGUGGCGAAGCUGAUCACCGGUCACGACGCCCUGACCUCAGACGCCGAGCACUCGCGAAUGUUGUCUCAGUUUCCGAGUCUCCGCACGACGACGGGUGUGAGCUGGUGCUUCCUCAACUACACCAAGCCGAGCUGCUCGCACAGCAGCUCCCCGUUGUCCUCCGUGUACACCACCUGGUGCGUGAGUUCCCACAACCCCAAUCCCCUCGAACUGAGCACCGGCGGCGCUCUGGCUCUGCUGCGGUCCAAGCAGAGGGGGGACAAGGUGAUAUACAGCGUGGCCGCCAUGUGUCAGCCGGGCGCGGGGAAACUGGUCUCAUCCCUCAUCCUGUGGAGGCAGAAUAUGGAACAGCUGCAGAGGAAACCGGAGCCCAAAGAGGCGGACGUCGCCUACGGGAAGAAGGUGAAAGACACCGGCGGCAGAGUGAAAACUCCCAAGGAGGAGUGGAAGGAGAGGGAGGCAUCCACAACACAAGCGGCGCCGACGCGCAUCAAGAUCUUCGAGGGAGGGUACAAGUCCAGCGAAGAGUACGUGUAUGUCAGAGGUCGAGGCCGGGGGAAAUACAUUUGCGAGGAGUGUGGCAUUCGCUGUAAGAAGCCGAGCAUGCUGAAAAAGCACAUCCGGACCCACACAGAUGUGCGGCCGUACAUCUGCCGGGUUUGCAACUUUGCUUUUAAAACUAAAGGAAACCUGACUAAACAUAUGAAGUCGAAGGCGCACAUGAAGAAGUGUCUCGAGCUGGGCGUGUCAGUGACGAUGGAUGACACGGAGAUACAGGAACAUGUUGACGACAUCAAUCCAGAGUGUAAGACAGAGGUGGCGGCCACAACCAAACAUCAGUUCUCGGACGCGGAGGAGUCUGACGGCAUGGACGAAGAGGCGGACGACAUCGACGAGGACGACGACGAGGACGAUGAAUAUGAAGGCGACUCCACCCCAAAGUUGUGCUCGAGGAGCACGAGUCCUCAGUUGUGCGGAGUUGCUUCUCUGUCGGUUACGGCCACCGCUGCCCUCCACGGCUGCUCCCUCACCUCGCUGCCGGGCUCUGACGUGCGCCAGCAGCCGGCCGGCAGGCGGACGGACCCUGAGCACCGACGCGCCCUCGCCGCCGACCAGAGAGAGAAGUCUGUGGACGAAGACUCGUUGACCAUGCUGUCAUCAGACCACGCCAGCUUCCUGUUUGACCCUUACUCCUCUUGUCUGCUCUCUCCUGGCUGGGAGUCUCCCAUCAGGGAGCCCUCCCCCUCACGCCUGCGCUACCCGUCGCCAAGGCGGGAGCUUUCCCCGCGCGGUCGCUCCUCCCCGAGAUGGGACACCUCCCCGCUGAGGCCCAGCUCGCCCAGCUUUUCGCCCAUUCAGCACCUCUCCCCGGCCUCUAUCGAGAGACCCAUGUCUCCUGGAUCGGAGCUGGCAGGAAAGCGGGAAUCCUCCGUCAGGGGCCGGCAGAGGGUCGUGCUGAGAGCCGUCUCGCCACGUCGAGGCUCGCACCAGCACAAAGGCGGCGGCGAUAAAACCAGACACCAGGCGAAAAUGGAGAUGGCUCAACAACAGGGAGCCUUUGAAAUGGAAAUGGAUCAAAGGAGCAGCUUGGCUCCGUCUCUGCCCGGCGCUGCCAGUUCUCAUCACCAGAACAUCCUCAGCCACCUCCCUCUGCACUCCCAGCAGCAGGCCCGCACUUUGCUCCCCGUCGUCCCCGUCGGAGCGCUCCAGAUGUUGCACUCCCCGCCUUCCCCCGGCGCUGAUGUCACCGCCUCCCCGGCGCCAAGUCCACAGAGCGGCGAGGGCCAGCGCUGCUGCAGCAGGGAGGGAUCUGUCCACGAGCCCGAGACGGGGGGAGAGGACGUCGGAGGAGGCCAGAACCAGAACCAGAACCAGAACCAGAACCAGCCGUCCCGUCAUCAGGAGAAAAGCCUCAACCCGGGCAGCAGGGACAAAAGACAGGAAGAGAGCGUACAGACCUGUUUGAAAGCCAUCGCCUCGCUUAAGAUUACCACAGAAGACCCUCAUUAAUUUCUGAUCCAUGAUCUAAUCCAGGAUCAGGCGCCCUCCCCCUCCCUCCCACCCUGCUACACCUGCAACCUUCGUCGUGCUCAGCCCUUUAUGCACAUAACCUCAUCUUUAUCCCAUUAGAGGCAAUAUAAUGACACUUCCUCUGGUCUUGCACAUACCCCCAGACAGCUGCUUUUUAAAUCUGAGUGGAGAUCAAGGAUCUCACGGUGGCGAAGAAGUGAAGACGUGCUCGUCUCUUCAGAGAGACUGUGUGAGACGAUUGGACGAGCAAGCAGGAUGGGGUUUUUUUUAGCAAGGCGGCGGAGAAUCGUUAUUGGGUGCAGGUGCAAUAUGGAAAGAUAUGACGCUGAUAUGCCUUUUGUUUGACAUAGUAGUUUGCGUACAAUUGCACAUGAAUUAUAUUUAUGGAUCCUGUACAAAUGUCCUUAAACAUAUACUCCUUAGAUGCAUACAAACGGUGUAUUUUACUGUAUGUGUUACUUUGAAAAAAAUAGACUGUUGUUUUAAUGUAAUCAUAUCGAGGUGUGAUGCAGUAGUGCAGUAAAUUAAGACUAUUUAUAAGGGGGAAGGUUUGUGUGUGUUAUGAAACAGUCUGACCAAAUUUUGAGUAGACGCUUCAUGUGCAGUUUGGUGCUUUCGAAUCAAGCGGCAGAGGGCCUGUGCCUUUUUUUUUUUGCUUUUCAUAAUUUCUUUAUCAGAUGGUUGUUGAAAAAUAUCGGUGUACUCUAUUCAGUGUUCACUCGAUGGAGAGAUUUGUUGUUUUUGUUCUUUCCGUUCUGCUGACGGACGAAUGCAGCUUGAUUUUAUGUGAUACAAUCUUAAUAUAUAUAUAUAUAUAUAUAUAUAUAUAUACACACGUGUAUUUUAUAUAUAUAUAUAUAUAUUUCUUAUGUUGCAUUUUUCUUAAUGUUGUGAUUUUUAUCUUGGUAAAAACGCAUGGUAUUUGCUAUUGCACAAGAAUAGAGGAAGUUAACAUGUAAUUAUGAAUACUGUAAGAUGUAUUUAUAUAUUAGAAAACGUAAAGCACUUAUUGAUACUGGUAAAUAUUUGACUACUAUUUAUAUAUGGUCUAUCUGUACUUAUGCAGCGGUGAUGCAGUUAUGCAGUGAGCCACGUCGGCGUUGCUUUUUGAUCUCAUGUCUUUGCUUUGAUGAAACAGACAAGCUUUUUUCUCUCUCUAUCUCUCUUAUAUGACCAUAAGAAUUUUUGAUGAUGCACUUUCAUCCUUUUCAUCUCUGAUGUUCUAACUGACUCGGGUCAGUGGGACUGGGGAGUAAAACGUGUUAUGUUCUUGUGUAGUUUUCAAACAUUCCAGUUGUUUCCCCCCCCCCCACGUUUUCUCAUUGUGCAAAACACGUUGCACACAAAGUCACGGGGCUACACGAUGAUCAGUCAGUCAUAUGUUUUUCUUGCAUUUCAAGUGUAAACUGGAGGAAUCGAUAUCACUCUACUGUAAGCGAAACGGAAAGUAAUGAUGUUAACAUUGUGAGUUGGUUGGAAUAUUACUGUGCUUCAGCUCAAAAUGUACGUAAUCAUUCACUACAAACGCAUUACUUCUUCUCUCUGUAUAUAUAUAUACACACGUGUAUUUUUAUGAUUUAAACUAUUUUUGCAGUGUUCGAAUUCUGAAAACUUUUUAUGCGGAUUGUUUGUAUCUCUCUAAGAGGUCAAAUGUCCGCAGUCGACGUAUAUCAGAGGUUUAACGAGGGGCGAUAAUUAGCACAGUGUUUGAUGGCGAACACCGUGUGUCUCAUCUAUAAAAGAAAGAAAAGAAAAAGUGUGUUUGCAUCUUCAAGUGGUUAUGUUACCAGUUUGAGAAUGGAUUUGAAAAAUCUGAAAAAAACACUUUGUUCACUCAUGUUUACAUAAAAAAAAAAAAAAAUAACAAGGUGCACUGCUUUAAUUUUUGUGUUUCCCUUUCUGGAAAGAUGUAUGUGGCUUUGAUUUCAUGGUUAUGUCAUUUUUAUUUGUCGUGGUAACGGUGCAGAAUGCUCAUAAAAUGUGAAGGGAAAGCGAAACCUUUCUUUUUCUUUGCUUUUCGCAUACACAUGUAUUCAGAUUGUGUUUGUUGUUUUCGUUUUUAUCGUGUAUUCAUAUUAACUGAACUGCAUUGUGCCUCUCAUGUCUAUGAAAAUUCCCUGUAAAACACACAAGAGGACAAAUCAUUUUUUACCUCUCAGCUAAGAAUUAUUUUUCUUCUUCUUUUUGAGGGAAUAAGAAAAACCUCCGUAGCCAAUCCGUUGUUUAGCUAUUUGCAUCAAAAGUGGUGAGUCAGGACGGAGUGCCUCUUUUAUGCGACGGGGAAUUUAUUGUUUGGUGCUCUACUUUUUCAGAUUAAAUUCAAAAAUUGUCUAAAAAAGAAAUAUACUUCUAACCCAA